AUGAACAGUAAACGUCCGCCCAGUACUUUUUUCCAAAAUCAACCGCCUUACACUGACUUUAACAAAUCAUUUGAAGACCCAACCGACGCACUAUUUUGUACUUUAAACGAAAUUCAUCCUGUUUUCAUGAAGCCUGAACACCAAGAAAAUGACUACAAAUACGAAAUUUUAUUGGAUCCACGUAAUGGAAAAGUGGUGGAUAAUAUUUUAUAUGACUACUCAGGAGGCGUAAAAGAAAGGAAUGGAUUCUUUCAAAUUUUACUGCCUUCCAAUAUGACUAAAAGGGAUCAUAUCAUUGGAUUACGCGUAUUACAAGCAUGGCAAGAAUACAAAGAAGUUAGAGAAGAGGAUGUAGUUCUCUGGCGAAAACUAGGUACGAAAAGAACGAGAGACAAAAUUAGAUUUGAUCAAUUCGUUAUGGAAUUCUCCCGCACACAAAAGGAAUCGAUUUACGCGCCGUGUAAACGUUUGGUCAACCUCUACAAACAAUUUUAUUCCGCAAAACUAAAACUAUUAUUAGAGGACUAUCCAGAGAAAAUAGCCUUAAACACAUGUGCCGGUCUUCCACAUCCGCAAAGUUUAAACGCUAGUCCGAAUACAUAUUUGCAAAUAGAAGAUGUGCGUUUGGUUGCACGUCGUGGUUGGGUACCGGUGCUAAGAAAUUUUGCUAAUGAAUUUCAGCGACUGAAUUCGUGGAUAGAAAACUUCACCAGUUAUUAUAUUAAUAACAUGAAAUCUGUAUCACAAGACGCUAAUACAUGGCAAGCAAAUAUAGAAUGUGAUAAACCAGCGCACCAGAUUAAUAUACCUUUGGAAUCGUUAUUAUUUCUGUUGACAGCAGGCAGCAGUGCCGACUUGCCUACGGAAGUGCCUUUGGAAAUUACGGAUGGCAGUGUAGAAAGUUUUAAAAUUUUAAAGUUUAAAGAACCGUUUCCGCCUCGCGUUUGUGGUUGGUUUGCGCACAAACAAGUAGUUGAAAACGCAUUUGAAGCUUUGUUGAGUAGAAAUAACGAUACGCAGUGGUUGCAUGUGGAGCACUAUAAUGCCGAAUUGCAGAAAAUUAAAGAAGCACCCGAAAUUCGAGCAAUAAAUCAUUCGGAAACAGAUUUUCGCGCAUACAAAAUUGAUGAGUAUUUGGAAAAAUUCAGGAAUACAAAAGUUGAAGAUUGUGUCAAAACUAAUUAUGCUGUCAUUAAAUGGGAUCUGAGUAGAAAGGUAGAUGAGCAAAACACAACACAUUUACAAUUUUUUACAAAAUUAAAAUGCUCACCAUCAAAUGAUGAAUAUGGUGCACAAUUAUUGAGUAGUCACUCACUCAAAUUAGAAUAUAAACCACAAUUCGGUGCCGAAGAAAUGACUAAGUAUGAAUUAAUACAGGAAUGGUUUCGAUUGAAGCUGUUUGGUGAGUGUAAAGGAUUUUCCAAUUACGGCGUAUGUCUUCGUGUUACUGCCAAAGACUUCAGCAUGGAGUUAGAGCAUAAAUUAAUGUUAGCUGGCAUCGAGAAACAACUUGCUGAAUUGUAUCAAAUAAAUAUGCCCAAAUUGUUAACAGGACUAGCAGAUACUGUGAACUUAUUGACGAAAAUGCCAACAGGAAAAUAUUUGCUGCGAUUCAAUUCAAAAUUUUCUAACAAACUCUUGUUGUCAGCUCCAUCUAAAGAGAUCACUACGAACACAGUUUUCUUACACUCGCUUAUUAAGGCGGAACCUUCCGAUUUAAUUUUUAUGACAGAAGUUCCACAUUUGCCAAUAAAUGACUUAUUGUGCAGUGCUCUACAUAAGCACUACGAAAUAAUUCCCUGUGCAUUAAGACCACGACUUCCGCACACACAAGAUACACAUAUUAGAAAAGUAAUCAGUGACGAGGAGUACAUACAACAUCGUAUUAAGACUAAAUUGGAAUUACAGAAGAAAAUGUUUGAUCAACGUGUGCAAUUAGCGAAAUCCUUUCGAAAAAAAGUGAAAGCGCAAAAGGCUUCACAAAAACAAAAGCGUAGAGAUGGCGAGAGAGCUAAUGAAGAAGCUAUGGAAAAAUUUAUAAACGAAUUUUAAUUAUAUUAGACAUUUAAUUUACCAACUAAGAUAUGUAUUUAUAAAUAUAAUUUGUGUACUAUUAUUUAUUAACUUAAA